AUGGACUGGCUCUUUAGGCGCAUGCCCGCCGUGGAGACGGUGCCAGGUGACCGAGUACUGCCAUUACACUAUUUUGAAAACAGCCUCCUCGUUCAAGGAAACAACAUGGCCGUAUCGCUUGGUUUCGAUGCUGUACUCGAUCCAGAAAAGUUGCGCAACUCCCUUGAGGGCCUGGUGAAGCGCGAAGGAUGGCAGAGGUUAGGAGGUCGGCUGAGAAGAAAUGCUUCUUCCAGGAAAAUAGAAUGGCACAUCCCAGCUGAAUUCACGCUCGAUAGACCGGCAAUCAGCUUCAAACACGUCAACUAUGGCAUUACCGCCGAACAACACCCGGCAGAGUCCAAAAUCCCCAAGCCAAGCGUUCGAUCCGCUGUUGUGGGCGACACGGAUGCGCUGGCGGGCUUAGCAUGGGAGCCUGAGUACACGCCCGGAGGGAUCAAAGACUACCUCACAUCCGACAUUCCUGUUCUAGGACUGCGUGUGAACUCUUCUAUUGACAAAACGAUCGUGACUCUUCAAUGGCAGCAUGUCACAUUUGAUGCGCUCGGAUUACAAUAUGUUGUUGAGGGGUGGAGCGCCAUGCUCUGGGGCAAAAAUGAUGAGAUUCGUGCGGGAUAG